AUGAAGGGAUGGGAUGGGAUUCAAUCUUCUGUUUCUUCUCGAUCGAGUACCACGUUGGGAAAUAAUGCUUCCGCUCGAACGGUUCGACUCGGCCGAGUUCAGCCGCAGGCUCCGACUCACCGCACCAUCUUCUGCAACGAUCGCGAGGCCAAUUAUCCUAUCCGAUUCAAGGGGAAUUCUAUAUCAACUACCAAAUAUAACUUCUUCACCUUUUUGCCAAAAGGAUUGUUUGAGCAGAAGAUAGAAAUUCCUGUUUGUCCUGCAGUUCAGACGGGUGGCUAA